AUGCCGGUCGCCGUAGGCAGAGCACGAGGCCGAAUGACUGGUGCUCAUGCUGGCAACACUGUCGUUGAGCUUCCUGUUGACUUGGUGACUGUCGAGGAAGUCGUACAGAAUGCAGUCUGCCCAAUGCCUGCCCACACGGGCGUGACGGUACGUGGUAACGUGGCGGACCUUAGCUCAGCGGUACAACCUUUCAUUCCCUACUUGGCAAGGCUAGGUUCAUGUGCCGUAUAUCACGCAACAUAUUGGCUACUUAGAUCGACUGCUGAGAUGCAUAGACUCUCUUCAGCACAACCUUCUUAUACACCUGGCUGGUACAUGUUUGAUGAUUCCGGUACGUACAUUCUCGACCAUACUGAAUUUCAGUUAGCCAGCCAGGCCGAAGUUUCCAAGGCUCUUGAGGAAAAGCUUCGCCAGCGUAGCGAUUGGCGAAUGUGCCAGCGUCCAACACCCGAUCGCUUUCGUUCCUCGCUCAUGCUCAUGCUCAUGUUUAUGCUCCUCUUCGUCCUGCGUCUUGCUCGGCUACGGGGUGAAUUGAUUGGAUGUUCCGCGGCAUCCCUUGAUCCGGCAUCUCUGAAUACGCAUUGGGUGCUUCGAGGGAAUGUAGAGGUUCGCAGAAAUGUGUCUAUCAUGUGUAGGACGAGAAAAGUUGGGGCAAGAUCUGGACCAACUAGGAAGUGUUGUGGACCACUAUCGCGUUCCAAGACUGGCAGCUUGUAA